CACUGGACCCCACCAGGUCAUCUCCUUCCUCGGGUUGUACUCCUGUUAACCCACGAUGCCGAGUCAACCGACUCCAAUCCUCGUUGACUCGUCUCUGUUUCUGAUCCUUCUACCACGACCAACCCCAUAUAAUUUCCGCCCGAGUCCUCCUCUACCGAUUUUCGCCAAAACGGAGUUCUCCCGUGCCCUAGAACGGCUGUUCGAUCUCACCGGAGUUCAGCCGCUGUUGACCUCCACCAUCGUCGUUUCCGUCAUCGACAGGGGGGGAGCACCAGGACGCCACCCACGAGCCCAACCCGAAGAAGAUCGCCGCCGCCCCAAAGCUCCUGUCGCCGUCGAUUCUGUCGCGUCUGGACACAUCCAAACCGAGCACAUCGAGCUCGACCCGAAGCUCCAGUCCGACGUCACCGUCCAGCCGGUCCUCGCGGACGCUAGCAGAAGCUCCGGUCGCCCAGGGGCACAUAUUCGAGUUUGCCGUGUUCCUCCUCACCUCGUCCUGUUCUCCCCUAGCUCGGGAGACCUCUCCAGCAAGCGCACGCUCGAAGGCCGAGCCGGCCGCGCCGUCUUCCUCAACUCCGGCGGCCAUCGAGCCCUGUCUCUCCGAUUGUCCAGAGUGUGAAGCGGAUCAGAAUUAAGCGUUAGAGUACUUCAACAUCGUUCAAGGCAAGUUUGCACUUUUGAUCUUGCUCAUCCUAUAUUCUGCUAUGCAUGUGUGAUUUUUAUGCUAUGGCAUGUGCUUGGUUUGAUCUGUAUGUUCUCUGUUGUCAUAUUCUGAUAUUGAUUGUGCUAUGUGAUGGUGUGAUCAACUUGCUAUGGUAGACGUGGGCAUGUGUCGAGUGAUGCAUGGAAGUGGUGAGUGUCUAUAGCUGUAGGUUCGGGACUUUGACUCAGGUCAAUGCGUCAAUGGCUAAGCGCUCUAUUGUCCCUAGAGAAUGCGCCAUGACUGAGCGCACUUGAGUUGUCGGGGCUUUUUCUCACGUCCAUGCGUCACUGGCUGAGCGCUCUAUUGUCCCUAGAGAAUGCGCCAGGGCUGAGCGCACUUGAGACAUCUUUAAGAUCCUUAUCAUCUGUGUUGUUUGCACCUUGCCUAUGUCGUGGAGGUAGGUGGAGGUAGUUGUACGCGAAACCAAACUUGAGUGUUUUGUUUGUCAUACUUUGCAGGUAGAUGUAGGUUUGCUUUAUCAGUAUGUGUAAUUUGCCAAUACAUUCAAUGUAUUGACCCUUUGUGGCUGCAACUUAUCAUGUUGCGGGAUUUUCAGAUGAUCAGUAAGAUACAGUAGGGUCGCGAGUCUUCACUCAACAUCUUCUCCAGUGGGCAUUGAUGGACUCAUCGUUUAUUAUGCUACGUUUCUGCUGUUAUUAUUGAAUAAGUUAGCUAUGUGCUACUCAGAUUGUAAUACCUUAUGAAUUCUGGAUCAUACGUUAUAGUAAAUGAUGCACUUGUUAUUUGAUAUUCAUAUGUACUGUGUGUGCUAGCGAGUCGAUCCAGGGACUAGCACUGUAAGCACAGAGACAUCAAAUCUUAUCAGGUUCGGGUCGUUAUAGAUGGUAUCAGAGCACUGUGUUGACUGUAGGUCGUGACCCUAAAAAAUGGAUUAGAAAAGCCAUAGGAGUGAAAACUUACUUUACAACUUGUUGUCUACUUGUUAGUUCAUACUCUUGUACUCAUAUCUUUUUUUUCAAAUAUAGAUGACCCCUGGAAUUAUAUUAGUGCCAUUUGAGAAGUUCUAGUUGACAGACCACCAUUUCUCAUUUGUUACUGAUAAACG